AUGCUUCCUUGUGGAAUUGACCAGUGGCUCUUCAUCUCCUCAGUGAUGACACUCAUGAUGAAAGACAUCAGAUUCCCUCAGGAGCAGGUGAGUGGCGGCCAGCUCCAGGAGGCCCAGGCCAUCUCUGUGCUCCACGAGAUGCUCCAGCAGAGCUUCAACCUCUUCCACACAGAGCGCGCCUCUGCUGCCUGGGACACCACCCUCCUGGAGCAGCUCCGCACUGGACUCCAUCAGCAGCUGGACGACCUGGACGCCUGCCUGGGGCAGGUGAUGGGAGAGGAAGACUCUGCCCUGGGAAGGACGGGCCCCACCCUGGCCGUGAAGAGGUACUUCCAGGGCAUCCAUGUCUACCUGCAAGAGAAGGAAUACAGCGACCGCGCCUGGGAAACUGGCAGAGUGGAAAUCACGAGGCGCUUUCUGUGUCAACAAGUUCCUAAGAAAACUCAGGAAGUUAGAAGGAACCUGAUCCUCAGUGACUCGUGUCCUAGCUCAGGCUCUUCAUUGUUCAGUCUUUUCCAAAACUCCAAUUUCUGCCUCAGCUAUGAGAGAGUUUGAGUGACAAUCGAUAUUGGCAUUAAUG